GGGCGGGCGGGGCCGACCGGCUCAGGUUCCAAACGCCCGCCCGCCCACCUCAGGACCCGUGGUGGUGUGGGUUGUCGCCGACCUGCUGCUGGGUCUACGCCAUGGCCAGUUUCUGUGAUUGCUCACAGCUUUGAUCGAGCACAGCUUGCUGGUACAACAUGAUAUCUUCAUCAUCGUUGGAUAUGAAAUGCAGCCCACUUUCAAUUUUGCAGAAUUGAAGCGAACGCAUUUAGGUUGGGCUUUCACAGUCAAGCACGAUGUCGGGACAAAGUGAUCAGACACAAAGCAUCCCAGAUUCUGUGAUGGAAGGUGUUAACAGGAUGCCUGCCUCUCAGACUGCUCCUACGUCAGAGUACGGGCCUCGCAACCGGUUCUUGACGAAGGACAAGACCGUUUACCAGCUCCUGGGUGGAGGCCGAGCUGCUGAUUCGGCUCUGUGGAGAGAUAAGUAUCUCUCCGGUGGAACUUUGUUUGGAUCCACAGCCAUCUGGUACCUUCUAGAGAAAUCUGGCUACACAUUUGUUACGCUGACGUGCAACAUCCUUAUGUGCGUGAUCGUCUUGCUCUUUGUCUGGUCGAGCAUUGCCGCGCUUCUUCACAGGGCUGGUCCACCGGUACCGGAGCUGUCUCUCUCCGAAAGUUUUGUUAUGAACACCGCUAAUCUCAUCCGGAUUGAAGUUAACAAGGCUUUGCACAUCGCUCGUACCGUUGCGCUUGGAAAGGACUUCAAGCUGUUUUUAUUGGUGGUAGCUUCCUUGUAUGUUGUGUCGAUUGUCGGCUCCUGGUUCAACUUGCUAACCUGCGUGUGGAUUGGCAUUGUGUGGUUUCACGUGGUUCCGUUCAUCUUCGACAAGUACGAGGAUGUGAUCGAUCACCAUGCACAGAAGGCAUCGGAAGCAGCGAGCGUGCAGUACAGGAAGCUGGACGACGCGAUCUUACGCAAGAUCCCGAGAGUCCCGUCAAUGAAGAAGAGGAUGUAGGGUGGCAGAAGGUGUGCACAUGAAUGGGUGGGGAGUGGGGUGGGGAGCAUCCAAGUGGUGGAAGGUGGUGUAUAUACGUAAAUAGCUGGCGAGCAGCAAGAUGUGGGCGGAUGCGUGAUGUUUGGAUGUAUGGAUCUCUUGGGAUGGCCAUGUGCAGCUUAGUAGAGGAAGCGAAGGGAUAAAACAUGGCGUACGAAUAUAUAGCUAUAUCCAGUCUUUUGAGACGUGGGUUGUGGACAAUUUUUUCUACGAAUUGAAACUACAUAUUAUUGGAGUUGGAAAGAAACGUCUGGGUGGAAGUUGGAACUUCUGGUGAAUGUGGGCAUGAAAGCUUUCGGACCAAGCGAUGUUUUUAAUCACGAAUAUGCAGCGCAAUCUACGUUCCCAAUAUAGUCUAGCGUCGAAGACUAUCUAGUAUGUUGUACGUUGGUCGUGCAAGCAACUUGUACACUAGUAAGAUAUGAUUGUUUAUACUUUGUCCACACUAAAUUUCUUUUAUUCUGGAUGGAAAGAUCAUAAUGUUUCUA